AAGAAAGAGUUAAUAUCCUGAGGUGCUCAGGAACAUAGGUGUGACUUCUUUCAUUUCUGGGCUGUGUGCAGCAGUUGCAGUGAAAACAACUUAGAAAGCAGCUGUGAUUGCUGUAGAAAAAGCUCUGUCUACAGGAAAUCUUACGAAAUGGCUAACCCUGAAUCAAGCACUCUGGAAACGAUGUCUGAAGAACUGGCCCUUAAAGACUCGAUUCCUGUGGGAAACGGAGAACCAAUUUGUGAAGAAUGUGAAGGUGGAGAACUGAAAAAUGAAGCAGAACCUCUGUUAGAACCUGAAAUUAAAGAUAUAUCUUGCAGUGGAACCAACUUUGCAAGCAAUCUGAGUGUAAAUGGAUCUGAGGAGGAGCCCCCAGGCCUGACUGGCUUGGUGAGUGAAGGGGGCACAGCAGCUAAAGAGGAGGUUCUUUGUGAUUUCUGCUUGGGUGACAAGAGCCAGGCAGUGAAGUCUUGCUUGACCUGCAUGGUCAAUUACUGCCAGGAUCAUUUGCGUCCACACUUGGAGAAUGCCAGACUGCAGACCCAUAAGCUCAGGGACCCACUGAGGGACAUUGACAUGCAGAGCUGUGAGGCCCACAAGAAUCACCUUAGUUGGUUCUGCCACAAUGACCUUGCAUGUGUUUGUGAGAAGUGCCUUGCUGAUGGUCACCAAGGGCACAAGGCUGUGACAUGUGCGGUAGCCAGGAAAGAAAAAGAGUAUGAACUUCUUCAGAUCCAAGCAGAAUAUGACUGGAAACUAAAAUCAGCUGAAAAUGCAAUUGUCAAACUGCAAAAGAACUCCGAGUCCAUUGUGAGUUCAGUAUCUGAAGUGAAAGCCAUGGUAGAAGGGCAGUUUGAAGAACUGCUGAAAGCAGUCAAGAAGGCCCACUCUUAUGUGCUGGCUUUUCUAGAAGAAAUGGAACAUGCUGCAGUUAAUCAUGCCAAUGGUAUAAAGAUCCACCUUGAAAAGAAACAAAUGACCAUGGAGGAAUGUAAGAACAGGCUGGAGAAGAUGGCUAUCCACACCAAUGACAUCCUCUUUCUAAAGGAAUACUGUGAAUUCAAAAAGAGUACAGGAGAUGAUACAUUGCCCAGUGUGUAUAUUGGUUUAAAAGAUAAGUUGUCAGGGAUCCGAAAGAUUGUCUCAAGUUCCACUGACCAUCUUUUACAACUUUUACAAACUAUCUACAAUGAUAAGCUGCAAGAAUUUGCCAAACAUGAGGAUGCUGGUAUCAAAACCAUGGUGUCUGCAAUUGUCCCAUCCAAACAUCGCCUGUCGGCUCCAGAACCCAAGAGCAGGAGUGACUUCCUUAAAUAUGCCAUUCCAUUAACAUUUGACCCAAUUACAGCUCAUCGGUACUUGAGGCUAUUGGAUGACAACCAUAAAGUCACCAACACCACACCAUGGGAGCACCCGUACCUAGAUCACACAGAGCGAUUUCAGAACUGGCGCCAAGUUCUAUCAGGGAAGAGUUUGUAUAUUGGGCGCUACUACUUUGAAGUUGAGAUCUCGGGGGCUGGUGUUCACGUUGGCAUGACGUACAAGAGCAUUGACAGGAAAGGUUCCGAAAGCAACAGCUGUAUCUCAGGGAAUAACUUCUCCUGGUGUCUUAAAUGGAAUGGCAAGGAGUUCUCAGCUUGGCACAGCGAUGUGGAGAUGUCUCUGAAAACCCAGGGAUUUGGCAGGAUAGGAGUCUAUUUGGAUUACUCCAGGGGCAACCUUUCCUUUUAUGGCAUCACUUUGGAUACCAUGACUCUUCUGCAUACAUUUGAAUGCAAGUUUGUUGAACCACUGUACCCUGUCUUCUGGUUACCAAAGAAGGAAAAUUGUGUGCGAAUUGUCAAGUUACUAGAAGAAGCUGAGCAGAACCCAGUACCUCCUGCUCCCUUAGUAGAAGCAGUGGCAAGUAUGAAGUCUGUCGAUUUGUAAUGGAGCCAGUGAUUGGAUGAUAUGGUCAUGGGAAAUGCUUACCAGAUGUAGAUCAGUUUGUUCAAAUCUAUCACUGAAUAUAUUAUUUAUUCACAUAUUUACAAUUAAUUACCCCUUUCUUAAAAAAAAACCCCUAAUAACAGAAAAAAACAAGAAAUCGUUUAUGUGGAAGCUAUAAUUUUUUAUUCAUAAUGAGCUUCCUUCUGAAGAAAGUACGCUAGGUCCUUAUGGUGUCUUAGAAAAAUUAUGACUUGGCAUUUGUUAGCAGCUUUCACUUUGACAGCAGGUUUUCUCUCCUACUAAAAACAUUAACCCAUUUUGUAAAAACUUCUAGUGGUUUCCUAUUAGAAUGAACUGAUGUGGAGAGAGUCUUUAAGGACGCAAUGAGGGACAUAGCCCAUCUGGGACCUUGUGAUCUAUUUACACAGAUCUGGAAAGUUUCACUGGACAUUUUCCCCUAUCCCUUGUUCUAUCUAUUGUUUGUACUAUUUCAACAGAGAUUGUUGUUAUUUUUCACUGUAGAAUGUUUUGUACUAAGAUAUAUAAAUAUACACAAGUAUGAGUCAAACAUAACAACUGUAUGAAUAUAGGCUAAAGAGGAUACACACUUUCUUAUGGGGCUAGGGAUGCCAUUCCCCAGUUGGGGGUGAGUUGUAACCAGCAGCACAGACCCAGUACCUGGGGUGAUUUUUCCUGAGAGAGAAACACCCCCAAAUCAACCUCUGAAUCUCCACAAGCAGUGCCCUCAUAAAGCCAGGCCUGGCUUAAACAUUGGCUUUUGUUGGGAGACUAGGAGAACCACAUUUUAGCUGGGAAAGCUUUGGCCAAAUGCCAGGCCAGCUGCAUGGUCAGACAUCCUCCAUGUGACCCCCCGUUCUCUGCUCAGUCCAUAAAGACAAAGGAUGGACAAACCUAAGCUCUUGCCUCAAGCACAGUCUCCUGACCAGAUGUCAGGUCUUUUGUUUGUCAAAUGCACAGGCAGACAGAGACGAUAAGCCACUGGUCACUGUGUCUCCAUCAUGAAUGGAAUAUGUUGUAUGUUUCCUCUCCCAAAUCCUUUCACACCCUGGAAAUCAGGAAAUAUCCUCUUGGUUUCUACACCUAUCUGUUUGUCCAAGAUAUCUGCAUUUCUCUCACCUAUGCCAGACCCAUCAAGGUAAACGUUGACUCUGUAUUUCUGUAGAAUGGUAAUCCAUUCAGCUUCAUCCUAUCAACCAUUAAGGAUCUUCUCCUCCUUUGUCUGGUACCAAGGAAACACCAGAUCAUCCUAUUAUUCCACAAUGGGAAUCCCAUCAAUCCAUUG